AUGGCUGAGCCAUCAGCUAAUCCCCUGGAAUGGGCUACGAAUGCCGAUGCAGCGAAGCAUUUGUUCUGCUCUGAGCCGAACAUUUGGGUGUUUGACAACCUCCUCUCGGAAAGGUUUCUCAACCGCAUUGACCACGCGUUUGAUGAAGAGACUGCAUUCUUCGAUCAGCCUGAAGGAGGAAAGACCCGGCGUGCGCGCUGCGCCCAGAUUGAGAUAGAUGCAGUCACUGCGGAGCUGGUGGAUGUGAUCAGGACAUUGACUGGCAUCAGACAAGUGGAAGAGUGCCGUACGUUCAUGAUCGCAGACGUGUGGGGACAAGAUCAGGAUCCUCACAUUGAUCACAUCAGCCUGAAAGAUCUCGCAAAUCGCUACGACGAGCUCAAUUUCCUUGAUUUGUGCAAGCAAAGCAGAUCUCAGUACAAUCCUGACAAGAUUGUGCCCACAUUCUCCAUUGUGGUCUACUUCAAUGAUGUUGGGGGCAUUUGCUUUCCCUUGUCACCAACGAAGGAGAUCAUUCCAAGCAGGAGAGGAAGGAUUGUGAUGUUUCAAAAUUUUGAUGACGCUCAGCGGCCUGUGAGCAAUCAGAUGUGCAAGCACUAUGGCGUUUACUUUCAGGACAUGCCCAGGCGACUCAUGACCAUGGGUAUCCUAGCCAAUGAGACGCCAGGUAUGGAUAUCAGAUGUUCGCUCACAGACGGCUUGAUCUACUGUGCUGGUGUGCGUGAUGAAGGCAUUCGACAUGAUUGGCUGGAUCCCCACAUGAGCUCUGGUUCACCAUCUCCCCCUCCAAAGCCCAAGGCGGACAAGGUCUUUACUUUGGAUGCGUUUCCUGACGGUGAGGACUGGAUUGUUGGAGUUUUUUCCAUGGCUGGGGAUGAAGUAUGUUCCGUGCAAGCUGGGAGAAGCGACACCAUCGGAUUCCUUCGCAAAGAGAUCCAGAAGAAGGUGGACCCCAAAGGUGAAGUCAAUCUGCACUUGUCAUUACCUGGGGGGAACAUGGUGGUCAUUUCUAAAGAUGACACCAGCCUGCAGCAUUUGUUCAUGCAUGCUGAAGCCAUGGCUCUUGGACUCGCCUUGGAACCUGAUGCACGCACGCGGAUUUGGCAGCUCUUCGCGAAAUGGGAUGUCGACUGCUCUGGAGAAAUCUCCAAAGCGGAGCUUGCAACUAUGCUUCAAGACCUUGAUCCGUCUCUUAGCGAUGAGGAGAUCUCUCGGGUUUUUGCCAUGCUGGAUGUCAACAAGGACGGCAGGUUGCAAUGGUGCGAGUUCUUGGAGGUGGUCAAGAUUCUCCCGGAUCCCGGCGCAAAGCGUUCCAUGUAG